AUGCCUUCACAGUCGACGCUAAACAACGACGAAAAGGCGAAAAUAAAGUCUGCAAUACCCGCAACGACCAACAAGAUCCUCUUUGCCACGCUUGCCCGUAUCUAUUAUGCGCACCCAGACCCAACGAAAUGGUCUUAUGCUGGACUACAAGGCGGCAUCGCACUCGUGAAAGACACGAGCAAGAACUCGCACUAUUUCCGCAUGGUGGAUUUGACGGGAACUCGCGGAGUUAUUUGGGACCAUGAGUUGUACGAUGGCCUUCAAUACACGCCUGACACCGCCUAUCUUCACUCUUUCCCCUCCGACGACUGCAUGGUCGCAUUCAUAUUCGCCGAUGAACGUGAAGGCAAGUCCUUUUGGAAGAAAGUGACGCAGCGUAAGGAGUCCAAGGGGUCGAAACCAGCGUCAGAGAAGAAAAAGAAGGCAGCCAAAGGUGGCAAAAUUGACAAGACGAUGAUUUCUGCGCCAACGGCGUUCAAGCAUGUGGCGCAUAUGGGUUACGACGAAAACCAAGGUUUCACAUCGACCGGGGUGGACCCGUCUUGGACUGCAUUCCUCGGGCAAUUGGAAAAGUCUGGAGUGGACAAGAACAUUAUCGCCAAGGAAAUGGAGUUUAUCAAGGACUACGUCCGUCAACAUCCGCAGGCAGCAUUGCCUUCAACGAAAGAACCCAAAAAGCCCAAACCCCCUCCUCCACCGUCAAGAAGCCGAACUCAUGCCCAGACGGAUAGCACUUCUUCAUCAACUGCCAUGCCUCCGCCCCCACCACCGCCAAGGUCUAGCCGGGUGUCACAGGUACCACCGCCACCACCAGCUCGACCUUCAGUUCCUCCACCGAGACAACCAGUUGCACAACCGUCACCGCCACCGCCACCAGCCAGACCCUCUACCAGAAAUACACCAGUACCCCCACCUCCGCCGAGACCAUCAGUCGUAAAUAAUAAUAUUAAUAAUGCGACACCUGCUCCUUCAUCCGCACCCCCACCCCCACCCCCACCUCCCCCACCUCCCCCACCCCCGCCAGCACCCACAACAAAUGGGAGUACAUCCAGUCCAUUACCCACCCCUCAGCCAGGUCGCGCAGCCCUCCUGGAAUCAAUCCAAGGAAAAGGUAUCCACUCUUUACGUAAGACGGAUCAAUCCCCACAGCCACCAUCCCGAGCCGCUCCCGAAGAACCGAUAUCACCGACAAACGGGUCCGCUGCUCCAGAUCUCACUACUGCACUUGCAGAAGCACUCAUGCUUCGCAACAAGAACAUGGGAGACAGUGAUGACGACGAGGAGGCCGACGACGAUGACGAAUGGGACUGA